AUGACGGAUCACAUUAAUGAUACAAUUCAAAAAAGGAAACGUCGAAGACACGGUACGAUUGAGGCGGAAUACGAAGAGAGGAGCAAAAGCAUUCAUGCUUUUUGCGAAGAAAUUAGGAAGUACCGAGAAGAAACUAGGAGAAUCCAUGAAGAAACUAAGAGGUACUAUGAAGAAACUAUGUGGAUUCAUGAAGAAACUAUGAGAGUCCAAGAAGAAAAUCAUAGAGAACUUGUUGAAACAAUCAAAUCUAUGAUGAAUCAAAAGCAAAGCCUGCCAACUACGCAAAUCUUGCCAAUUAAAAAUAGUACGCAAAACUCGCCAAUCGAAGUUGGUACACAAAGCCCACAAGCUAUUGAUGAUGAUACCCCACCAGCUAUUGACCAUAAUACCCAAAGCCCGCAAGCUAUUGACUGUGAUACGCAAAGCUCCCCAACUAUCGAAAAUCCGCAAUUCUCCCCAGCUAUCGACAAUACGCAAAUCUCGCCAACUAUUGAUCAUUGUGCCCAAAGCCGGCCAGCUAUCGAAAAUAUGCAGAUUUCCACAAUUAUCGAUGAUACGCGAAUCUCCCCAGCUAUCAAAAAUACGCAAAUCUCGCCAACUAUUGACCAUGAUGUCCAAAGCCGGCCAGCUAUCGAAAAUCCGCAAAUCUCCCCAGCUAUCGACAAUAUGCGAAUCUCCACAAUUAUCGACAAUACGCAAAUCUCCCCGACUAUCGAUAAUACGCAAAACGUUCAUUCUAGAGUUAUCCACCUUCCUUUGAGCAAUGGAAAAGUCCGUCCAUCCCGAGAUCCCCCAAAUUACCCCGAUGGUAGACCAUGUAUACUUGGCGUCGGUAUUGAAACAGUUCCGCUUUUGAUCGAAGAGUUUAACCAUAUUGAAUCGUGUAAGUGGGUAAAGUGUCCCAGAGAAAGACAGUACAUUCUGCUCCAUCGAUGUACGGUUGAAUAUGUGAGGAUUUCAUCGCUUACCACCCCGAUUGUAAAGGGUUUUCUGCAAGUGGACCUUCUUGAGCUUUAUCGAGUCAUAAAGGGACUUAGAAUACUGCAAUUAUCGGUGAAAAUCAACACAUUCAAUGAAUCAACAGAAUCGGUGGGUGGUAGAGUGACAAAAAGAUUCACUUCAAGAAGCAAGGAAAUGGUCGAUGAACUUCUUCGGGAAUUUGUUUCCAAGUCGCCUGAAGUGUUCGCAACCUACCGAUUACUCGAUUCAAGUUAUUUAUAA